AUGAAUUCCAAAAAUAAAAACAACGAUAGCUCAAGUGAAGAUGAUGCUAAAGUUUAUGAGACUCUAACAAAACUUCCUCCAGCAAAUGAAAUUAUGCCACGUAAAUUGACCAUCGAUAUUGAUGUUAAAUCUCUAUUUCCCUUAAAGUGAGAAUUUUAUUUUUCGAAAAGUCAAGACCUUUGCCUUAAUUCAAUCAGUUUUAUUCCACAUUCGUUGAAGAAAUUUAGACUCCCUAACAUACUGUCGAAACAAUGUAAUAGGAAGAGAGAACUUUGCUUGAAUAUUUCGAGUAGAAUAAAUAAAAUUUGAUUUACAAACGAUUUGAUCAACUUGAUCUAUCCAAAAGGAGUCCUAACGAUAGAACUUAUUUUUCUACAUUAUUUGCUAAUUUCAAAAAGUUCUUAUUGCAUUAAAAUUAAUAGAUAAUAUCCACGAGUCUAUUUUAGAGGGGAUCCACUUUUUGAUUAAAAGCUAAUACCAUGUCAAACUGAUUAAUUGAAGUUUGAUUCAAAUUUUGAAUCUGGAAAUUUAUUCUGUGCUUUCAAAAAAGCUGAAAAUGUAUAUGAUCUAAUACUUUAAAAUGAUAUUAAUACUAGAGGCAAUACACAAUGGUUUUUUUUUAGUGUAACUGGAGCUAAAGCAGGUUAAACUGUUUAAUUUAAUUUGCUUAAUUAAGUAAAAUAAAUUAAUAGUACUAGCUCAAAAGCAACAGUUUAUUUAAUGAAGGAUUGCAACCAGCAAUUUAUUCAAUUAAAGAGAAUGAAAUAAAUAAGAAAGAAUGGAGUAGAGGUGGAUUUAACAUAAGUUAUUUCAAGAGUUCCUUUAUUAAAGAAUACCCUUAAACUAUGAGAGCUAAAUAUUACUAAUUGAGAUUCAGUUACACUUUUAAAUAUAAUAAUGAUAAGGUAUAUUUUGCUCAUUCAUAUCCAUAUACCUACACUAAUUUAUUAGAAUUUUUAAAUACAAUUCUAGAUAAUCCUGAAAAGAAUUAAUAUAUGUCUAGAAAAUCAUUAUGCACAACUUUGGGUGGUAAUACAUGUGAAGUAUUAACAAUAACAUCUAAUUCAAUGUAACGUAGAGCCUACAGAAAGGGAGUAGUUUUUUUAGCCAGAUAACAUCCAGGUGAACCUUAAGGAUCAUAUGUGAUGUAAGGGAUUAUUGAAUAUCUAACAUCAAAUAAUCCAUAAGCAGAUUAUUUGAGAUAGAAUUGCAUCUUUAAAAUAUUUCCUAUGAUGAAUAGUGAUGGAGUUGUAAAUGGAAAUUAUAGAUGUGGUUUGGAAGGAAGUGAUUUUAAUAGAAGAUGGAAAAAACCAAAUAAAUAUUUACAUCCAACUGUUUAUUAUGCCAAAAAAUAUAUUAAAGGAUUUAGUAAGGAAAGGUAAAUCAUUUUAGUAAUUGAUUUACAUGGACAUUCAAGAAAGCAAUCAUCAUUUGUAUAUGGAUGUGCUUACUCAUCUUAAGUUAAGACAAUUGAGAGGGUUUUUGCUUUAUUAAUGGCUAAAAUGAAUCCUUUUAUGGAUUAUUCAUCAUGUACAUUUAGAGUUGAAAACUCAAAAGAUAAGACUGCUAGAAUUCAAAUUUGGAGAGAAUUAAAAAUUAAUUGGGUAUAUACUUAUGAAUGUAGUUUCUAUGGUUAAUAGAAGAAGCAUUUCUAAAUAAAAGACUAUAUUAAUUGUGGGGUAAGUAUCUGUAAUUCAUUAUCUUAAAUUGUUAAAGAUACUUCUAAAGAAUUCACAAAUUAAGCCAAUAUUCCAGAUAUUUAAUAAUAAAUCCUUGAAGAAUUAGGUAAGAUGCCUUAAACAGAUGAUUAAGAUUAAGGAUCUGAUACUAGUUAAUCUGAAGCAGAAUUAUCUGAUGAUGAAAUUGUAUAAUUAUUCUAACCUAAAACUUAUUCCUUAAAAUAGAAGAAUUUUCUAAAAUAAUUAGAUACUAAAAAGAAAUAAAUAACUACCAAAUAAACUUUAAUUACUCAAAAAAAUAGUAUAUUAUAAGAAUCACCUUCAAAAAAUUAACAAUAAUAACAGGAUAAUAAACUUCCUUAAAGUAGUUUAAAACCAAAGAAUGUUGCCUAUAGAAUUCCACCACAAGUAAAAUUACGAUAAAUUGAGCCCAUUAAAGAAUAAUAAUAAUAACCAAUUAUGGUUGAUAAGAGCUGUUAAACAGAUGAUUGGAUGUAUAGAUAAUGGCUGAUUUAAAUUGGAAAAUAGAAGAAAUAGGAGGAAUAUUUAAGUUAAACCCCUACUAGAAAUAUUUAUAAAUCCUCAUCAUAAUCAGCUACAAGGUUUAUUGUUAAAAAUACAUCAAAGCCUGAUAGAGGUCGAAUUGAUUCUAUAUCCUUAGUUAAUUCAGGAAUAUAAAAAAGUAAUAAAAAUCACUCAAUAUAUAGCAUCAUUUAGUUAAUAAAGAUAGAUAAUGAGAUAUUCAGGAAGCAAUUUUAUGUAUUGA